AAUUCAAACAUGAAGCGAGUACAAAACUGAACAAAAAUUAAAAUUCAACAGCAACACUAAAAACUCAAAGUUCAAUCAAAGCAAUGACAAUAAUAAGUGGUUCCAAUUAAAACAAACACAAACACAACAAAAAAACUAAAAAACAUACAUUAUUCAAAGCAACUGAAUCAACUAUGACAUUAAAAAGAAAGAGAAAAAAGCUGAUAUGAGACACAUGCAAGUAUUUCUCUCUUUUUUUUUUGAUGGGGGGGGGGGGGGAGAGGGUAAUUUUAGAUGAAAAUAGCUAUUAACCAGUUUCCUGCCAUUGACCUGUAUACAGGUCAAGCGUCACAAUGACCUCACUUGGAUUGUUUUCAUUUAAAAAUCAUUAUCUACAACUGUUGACAUUUUGGUCAAAAACAAGACUGGCACCACAUGGCUGACUGUCACUGCAGGGCUGACCGACAUCGCAGGGCUGACAGGCACUGCACAGCUGACCGGCACCACAUGCCUGCACACCAGCACCACAUGUCUGACUGGCACCAUAUGGCUGACCAUCAGCACCAUAUGGCUAACCGGCACCACAUGGAUGACUGGCACCACAUGGCUGACCACCAGCACCACAUGUUUGACCGGCACCACAUGCCUGACCACCAGCACCACAUGGCUGACCACCGGCACCACAUGGCUGACCACCGGCACCACGUGGCUAACGACCACCACCACAUGGCUGACAACCAACACCACAUGGCUGACAACCACCACAUGGCUGACCACCGGCAUCACAUGUCUGACAGGCACCAUAUGUCUGACCGGCACCACAUGUCUGACCACCCACACCACCUGUCUGACCACCAGCACCACAUGUCUGACCGGCACCAUGUGGCUGACCUGCACCACAUGGCUGACCUGCACCACAUGGCUGAUGAGCACCACAUGGCUGACCGGCACUGCAAGGCUGACCGGCAUCGCAAGGCUGACCGGCACAGCAUGGCUGACAACCAGCAACCCAUGGCUGACCGGCAACCCAAGGCUGACCGGCACCACAAGGCUGACCGGCACCACGUGGGUGACCACCAGCAACCCAUGGCUGACCGGCACCGCAAGGCUGACCGGCACCACGUGGCUGACCACCAGCAACCCAUGGCUGAGCAGCAACCCAUGGCUGACCGUCACCAUGUGGCUGACCGUCACCGCAAGGCUGACCGGCACCACAAGACUGACCAGCAACCCAUGGCUGACCAGCAACCCAUGGCUGACCGGCACCGCAAGGCUGACCGGCACCACGUGGCUAACCAGCAACCCAUGGCUGACCGGUACCGCAAGGCUGACCAUCACCGCAAGGCUGACCGGCAUCACAAGGCUGACCAGCACCGCAUGACUGACCAGUAACACAUGGCUGACCAAACCAGACACAAUCAGCAUUGGUUUAACAACACUGCGUGAUUGUGUGAAAUUAUACAACGUCGAUUACCCAAGCAGCAGGCUGGACACAUGGGUAUGUUACUGCACAGCCACAGUACUAAUUAUUCAUAAGACUCUCCGGCAGUGAAUUCCUCCCGACUGGAAAAUCAAUAAAGCUAGUUACAUCUGAAAAGCAGAUUUAUUUAAAUGAAAAUUAACAUCAUCACUUUCCUAUUACUUUGAUUAUGAAAUAAGGUCGAAAGAAGAGAUUGAAUCAGGUUCGGCAAUGAGGUUAACCUGCCUUUUGUUGACUUUUAUAGUGGGAGACUCGAGUGAAAAACAAGUGACCGAAAACCGAUUUGCACCAUUUUUUUCUUCUUUUCUUUAGUUAUGAAUGGGAAACCACUUCCUGAGGUGUGUGUUCCGAAUUUCUGAUGAUUUUAAACAAGAAAAGUUAUUUCUUAUGUGAUCUGAAUCAUAAGUGUGUCAAAUAAAAUGGAGUAAAAAACCCACACAACAACAACAAAAAGAAACCUCCCAAAAAACCCCAACAAAGGUUCAGUAGAUUACCACCUAUUUUCUUGAAAUAAGAAAGUAUUGAUAUGUUAUUAUAAAAAUAAUAAUGAAAAUGUAUAACUGCAGUCUCAAUAGGGAUAUCUUUAAAAAACAAAAACAACA